AUGGUUGAGAGAAACUGCACCACUGUGGCACAGUUCAUUCUGCUAGGAUUUUCAGAUGUUCCUGAGUUGAGUGUUGUGCUUUCCUUGGUGUUUCUUCUCAUUUAUGGGGUCACUGUCUUGGCCAACCUGGGCAUGACUGCACUAAUUCAGGUCAGCUCUCAACUUCACACCCCCAUGUACUUUUUUCUCAGCCACCUGUCCUUUGUGGAUUUCUGCUACUCCUCCACCAUUGUUCCUAAAAUGCUGGCUAAUAUCUUCAAUGAGGACAAAACCAUAUCUUUCCUGGCAUGUAUGGUCCAAUUCUAUCUGUUUUGCACAUGUGUGGUCACUGAAGUCUUCCUGCUGGCUGUGAUGGCCUAUGAUCGCUUUGUGGCCAUUUGUAACCCACUACUAUACAUGGUCAUCAUGUCCCCAAAGCUCUGCAUGGUAAUGGUGUCUGGCUGCUAUCUGUGUGCAUCACUGUGUUCUCUGAUGCACUUGUGCUUAGCCCUUGAGAUCCCAUCAUUUAGUUCAAAUGUGAUCAACCACUUCUUCUGUGAUUUACCUCCUCUCUUAAACCUUGCUUGCUCUGAUGUCACUGUUAAUAAGGUGCUGUUGUUUGUUGUAGCCACCUUCAAUGAGAGCUUGAGUAUUGUGAUCAUCUUCACCUCCUACCUGUUUAUCCUCAUCACCAUCCUGAGAAUGCGCUCUGUAGAGGGGAGGCAAAAAGCUUUCUCUACCUGUGCUUCCCAUCUCACAGCUAUCAUGGUCUUCCAUGGAACAAUUCUUUCCAUUUAUUGUUCUUCUACGUCAGAGAACAGUGGUGAUGCUGACAAAGUGGCUACAGUGUUCUACACUGUAGUGAUUCCCAUGUUGAACCCCUUGAUCUACAGCCUCAGAAACAAAGAUGUGAAAGGUGCUCUCCGGAAAGUUGUGAACUCUAAGUUAAGUUUGUCUGUGUGCAGAAUUCCAAGGUAG